AUGGCCACCACCACGUCGGGCUUAACAAGGCGCAGGGGAGGAGGGGGAGCGGGCGCCGGCGACGGAGAGAGCAACGGUGUCGGCAUGGGCUCGCGGACCAAUUCGUCGGCCAAUGUUAGGGACAGCAGCGGGCCCGAAACGAGCUACGAGAGCGGCGAGAACGGACACCGGAUCGCCUUCGACCCGCGCGAUAUCAGCGAGAGCGCCGAGCGCAGCAAGCAGCCUAAGCUCACGCUCAUGGAGGAGGUGUUGCUGCUGGGGUUGAAGGAUAAGCAGGGCUACCUGUCAUUUUGGAACGACAACAUCUCGUACGCGCUGCGCGGGUGCAUCGUGCUGGAGCUCGCUUUCCGUGGACGCAUAGCCAUGCAAAAGACCCCUUCAAGACGGAGCUUUCCUCUGCCCGACCGGAUCAUCGAGGUUAUCGACGACACCUUGACCGGCGAGGUGCUGCUGGACGAAGCCCUCAAAAUGAUGAAGACGAGCGAGAAGAUGAGCGUCAGCAGCUGGAUUGACCUUAUGAGCGGAGAGACGUGGAACCUCAUGAAGAUCGGCUACCAGCUGAAGCAAGUCCGCGAGCGGCUGGCCAAGGGCUUGGUAGACAAGGGCAUCCUGCGGACUGAAAAGCGAAACUUCCUCCUGUUCGACAUGGCGACCCACCCGGUAGUUGACAGCGGCGCGAAAGAAGAUAUCCGGCGGCGCGUGCGCAACGUGUUGACGCAGCGGACUGUCGUGCUCAACAGCUCGCAGUGGCUACCCGAGAAUCUCGAGUUCCGCUACCUGCGCACCGUGGCCAUGGUCUGCGCCGCCUACGCGGCCAACGUACUCGAGAACGCGCUGUCGACGCUCGGUCACGAGGCCAGGGAGAAGGCGUUCAACCAAACAGACGAGCUACUCGCGGAUUACAGCCAGUGGCCGUUUGGGAGGAAGGCCGUAUCUAAUGAUAUAGGGGAGAACUUGCCGCAGGUUAUCGGCGAGGAAGUCAAUCGGAACCAGGAUAAGGAGCUCCAGCUCGAAGUGGUCGCCGCCUGCUUGAGCGUCUUCACCCGCCUCGACUCGCUCCUCUAG